CAGUAGGACGUCUCCCGCCGACACACAUCCAGUCAUGUCGAAGUCAAAGGACACGGGCUCUUCCAUCAUUCAUAGCCAGCAGAUGCAUGCUGCCAUGGCGGACACCUUCAUUGAGCACAUGUGCCUGCUGGACAUCGACUCUGAACCCGCUGUGUCUCGUAACACCGGCAUCAUCUGCACCAUCGGACCUGCGUCCCGAUCUGUGGACAUGAGUAAGAAGAUGAUCAAGGCUGGGAUGAACAUUGCAAGAAUGAACUUCUCCCAUGGCACACAUGAGUACCAUGCUGAGACCAUCAAGAAUGUCCGCGAAGCCGCCGAGAGCUUCGUUCCCGGAUCGGCUGACUACAGACCAGUGGCCAUCGCUCUGGACACCAAAGGCCCGGAAAUCAGGACUGGACUUAUCAAGGGCAGCGGCACUGCUGAGGUUGAGCUCAAGAAUGGCGAAACCAUCAAGCUAACGCUCGACAACCAGUACAUGGAGAAUUGCGACGAGAAGGUUCUGUGGCUGGACUACAAGAACAUCACCAAGGUUGUGCAGAAAGGAAGCCACAUCUACAUUGAUGAUGGUCUGAUUUCCCUCACAGUUAAAGAAAUUGGCAACGACUACCUGAUGUGUGACAUUGAGAAUGGCGGCGUGCUCGGCAGCAAGAAGGGUGUCAACCUGCCCGGAGCUGCCGUCGACCUGCCGGCUUUGUCCGACAAGGACAUUCAGGACCUGCAGUUCGGCGUGGAGCAGGGUGUUGACAUGGUUUUCGCCUCCUUCAUCCGCAAGGCUGCCGACGUUCACGCUGUCAGGAAAGUGCUUGGCGAGAAGGGCAAGGAUAUCAAGAUCAUCAGCAAGCUGGAGAACCACGAGGGUGUGCGCAGAUUCGAUGAGAUCUUGGAGGCAAGUGACGGCAUCAUGGUUGCCCGUGGAGACCUGGGCAUUGAAAUUCCAACAGAGAAGGUCUUCAUCGCGCAGAAAAUGAUGACUGGCAGGUGCAUGAGGAUCGGCAAGCCCAUCACCUGUGCAACACAGAUGCUGGAGAGCAUGACCAAGAAACCGCGGCCUACUCGUGCCGAGGCGAGCGAUGUUGCCAACGCUGUGCUGGACGGCAACGAUUGCAUCAUGCUGAGUGGUGAGUACCGCCAAGGGGAUUAUCCCCUGGAGGCUGUGCGGACACAGCACAUGAUUGCCCGCGAGGCCGAGGCAGCCAUGUUUCACAGGCAGAUGUUCGAGGAGCUGCGUCGCACCACCCAUCUGACCCGGGACCCCACAGAGUCCGUUGCUAUUGGUGCCGUCGAGGCUUCCUUCAAGUGCUGCGCCAGCGCCAUCAUCGUGCUCACCAAGUCUGGCAGGUCUGCUCACAUGCUGUCAAGGUACAGGCCACGUGCCCCCAUCAUCGCUUUGACCCGCUGUGGCCAGACGGCCCGCCAGGCCCACCUGUACCGCGGCAUCUACCCCGUGCUCUACACCAAACCUGCCAACGAUGUCUGGGCCGAAGACGUUGACCUGCGUGUCAACUUCGCCCUGGAAGUUGGCAAGCACCACAAGUUCUUCAAGUCUGGAGACGUUGCCAUUGUUGUGACUGGCUGGCGCCCAGGUACCGGCUACACCAACACCAUGAGAGUCGUGCUGGUGCCUUGAACUUCAUCAAAGGAAAUUAGUCAUCGCUUCCCCUUCCCACUCCUGUGACCCGCCUCCCCGUUCUGGACUUCACUUUUCGCUUGGUCUUCAUCCCCAACAAAAAGUCCAAACCAGGCCACUCCUUCAAAGGUGUCGUUCAUAGACAGUAACUCCUUGCUUCCUGUAUCCAUAUAUGAAAUGAAUGGUCCUGCUGCCAGAGGCUGAACCCAAACCUCUUUUUUCUGUACACGACUCAAUCAGUACAAUCAGUGUUUUGUCUGCAUUCAUUGUAAUGUCCUGAAUUAAAAGUAUAAAAUAAUAAGCAUGAAAAUAUCUGUAAUGCACCAAAAGUAAUAUGUAAAAUGUCCCAUUUCCAUACAAUGUAUAUUAUUAUUUAUUAUAUACAUAUAUAUUAUAGUUGUUAAUGCAUUGUUGUUCAUCAAUUUAACAUUUACCAUAUAUGUUGCAAGGGAGCUUGUGAAUUUUCUGAAUUCUACAAGAAUAAAGUAGCUGAAAUUGGAAAUGCUAUUUAGCAAACUAAGUAACAGUUGUCAACCCGGUGAACAUAGCAGAUUAUUUUUGUACCGACGUGCCAAAUAUCGGGCAGUCUUGACUAUUUUGAAUAUCGGCUUCACGCAGUUUCUCGAUUUAUAACCCUGCUUAAAGUCUUCAUCAGUCUUUCAUCAGACUCUCCUUACGUGCCACACUGCUUCAGAAAAGAAAUCAACAGCUAAGACAAGCAUCAUUGACCAUGAUAUUUUAUUGCACUGGAUUCAGUAGCUAAAAUAAAAUAUGCCUAACAUA